CUAAUGGUGGCAUCCCAAAGCCAUAGACUCGCGGCCGAAGCAGGCGGCCGCGGCCGCGGCGGCUCCGCCGCUCGGGACAAGGCGAACAGGCGGGACUCAGAGCAAGCGACUUGCGCGCGCACGGGGGGUGCCAAGAAGGACCUGGAGCUCGCGCCAUCCUGGGCGGUAUGCCGGCGUCGUGCUCCUCGUCUUCUCCGCGUCGGCAAGCUCUGGCCUGUGGCUGCGCUCCUCCUCCAGCCGCAGGGCGGAACAUCGGCGAAGUUUUCAGUCAGAGCAUGCAUAUGCCGCGGAUAUCUCCGUCAGGUAGGCGUAUGACAGUCUCUGACGAGCUACGCUUCCUACUUGGAAACCAGGCUUCAGAGUUCAUACCGGCUGUCAUCAAGGCGAAUCAAGGCUUCUCGGCAAGCCGUUCGCAAUCUCGUUCCAGAAUGUAUGCAAGGUACAUAGUGGUACUUCAGAAGAAGAAGAAGGAAAAAAAAAAGACGCAGCCGCAAAUCUUAACGGCUCGAGAAGCCCGAGUUCCUACGAGGGCGCUUCAAAUAGCCCCUCCUGCCACGGCUAAUUUUCUGAUCAGCCAAUCUCAAGUCCUCUUCCACACUUUCCCAAGAACCCGCCAGCCACCACAAGCAAAUGGAUCCUCGUCGGCGCUUAGGCCGAUCACCACCACGCAAGAGGGAACGCCAGGCAUCGCCGGCCAACUACAGAAACCGCCAUCUCUGGCGCUCACCCCCUCGGGACUUCGCGCCCUCCUGGACAGGCGCGCCUUCUCCUCCUGCGGCCUUCUUGGAGCGGCCACCCUCGCCUCCCCUAGUCCCCUUCGUCUCCGGCGCUACAUCGAUUACAGCCGCGAGGAGCCCUACGGCCCUCGGCCAAGAUUCGAGCCAUGGCGCGUGUCCCCGCCUUCGGGACCCCAGAGGGAGGCUGACAGCUUCGGCAAUGGAUUCUUGGACCAUGACUGGCCGGAGUACAGCCGCGAGGGCAACUACGGUACGCCUACGAGAUUCUUGGAGCUCGCCGAUUCUUUCCCGGGCUUCGUUAGUCAAUGGGCCAGAAUUUUUGUCAUGGCAUUUGAUGACCCACAAGUAUAG